AUGGACCGGAGGAUGAACCUGAACGGCGGCGCGGCAGGGGACAUUUUUCACAAAACUCUCAGCGCCGUGUCCGGCAAAAAGAUGGACCCGUUCAGAGCGUCUGCCGGCAUGGAGCUGCCGCCCAGAGACCGCCAGUCUCCAAUUAGCUGCUUUGACCAAGUCGAUCCUGACCCGAUCCAGCCCGGUGGACUGGCUGGAAGCAGAGGGGGCACUCUGGGUCUGCCGACUGGAUCUUUGUGCGUCAAGUACGGGGAGAGCGCCAACAGGACCUCGGCGGCGGAGAGCAGCGGCGGAGAGCAGAGCCCCGACGACGACAGCGACGGGCGGUGCGACAUGGUCCUCCUGACCGACGUGCGGACAGCAGCCGGGGGUAAAGCUGAAGGAGGAGGUAAGAAAACCAAAGAGCAGAAAAUGCUGCGGCUCAACAUCAACGCCAGGGAGAGACGGCGGAUGCACGACCUGAACGACGCGCUGGAUGAGCUCCGGGCGGUGAUCCCCUAUGCGCACAGCCCGUCGGUGCGCAAACUCUCCAAAAUCGCCACCCUGCUGCUCGCAAAGAACUACAUCCUCAUGCAGGCGCAGGCGCUGGAGGAGAUGAGGAGGCUGGUGGCGUACCUUAACCAGGGCCAGGCCAUCUCCGCGGCUUCCAUACCAGCCACCACCGCGCUGGCAGCUCCUCCACCCGGCCUGGGCGCGUACGAGCAACCGCCCGGAUACCCGUUCCCCGCCGGGGUCACUGCGCCCUCCUGCCCGGACAAAUGCGCCCUAUUCAACAACGCCGCGUCCAGCCUCUGCAAACAGUGCACUGACAAGCCUUAAAACUGACCACAGAGACUACAAAGAAGCACACAAGAAGGAGAAAAAUCUGACAGAAGAUCGAGUAGAGACAAAAAUUAACAUUUUUAUAAUAUUUACUAAACGCAUUAAACCUCGCUUCUGUUUUUUUUUUUUUUUUUUUUUUUUUUCUGUUCGAACAACACUUGAUUGUGUACAUAAAUCAUCUUUAAAGUGCUGGUGUGAAUGAAGGCCGAACAGAAGCUGAAUUAAAGGCCUGUUGCUCUGUGAUGGACCCUCUGUGGAGAUUUCUGGGUGACCUGACAACCUGCGUGACUUUUUUUUUUAUCCGGAGCGCAACAGCACCGACCUCACUCUGCUGCUUUCUCAUGCGUUUACUUUGACUACUAAAUCAAAGGCCCAGUUUUCAAAAGAACCUUCCAAGUGAAUGUUUCGGACGAGGAGAGUUAAAUAA